UUUCAAUCAUAAUUUAAUAAAGGGUAAAACUGUUAUUUGUCAGUUAUUAUUACACCAAACCAAACACUCUUCUCAGUUACUUUUUAACUAAUCGAUCCUACACGACCAUCAGCCGGAGACGACCGCCGGCGUUUUUUCCGGUUUAAUGGAAGCGUUACUUACUUCAAGAGCUGUUCCUGUUCAAGUUCCCUGUAGAAAGCUCUCAUCUUUAUCUGAUGAUUUGUCUUGCCUUGAGUUAAGGAGAUAUCCUUGUAGAAGAGGCGGUGUCUCGAUCAUGAGCCAUCCCAGAUUGGUCCGUCUAGUGACUGCUUCUGUGCAGCCGCAGAGGGUGUCGGCUUUGGGGCACCAAGGCAACACUGCUCCUUCUAAAGAGAUUCUUGAUCUAUGGGGAAAUGUUGAAGCUGUAUGCUUCGAUGUGGAUAGCACUGUAUGUGUGGAUGAAGGUAUUGAUGAACUUGCUGAGUUCUGUGGAGCUGGAAAGGCUGUUGCUGAAUGGACUGCCAGAGCAAUGGGUGGAUCUGUUCCAUUUGAAGAAGCUCUAGCCGCAAGGCUUUCUUUGUUCAAGCCUUCUCUUUCCAAAGUUGAUGAAUAUCUCGAAAAGACACCCCCAAGGCUAUCCCCUGGCAUUGAAGAGUUGGUCAAGAAGCUCAGAGACAAUAAAAUCGAUGUCUAUUUGAUAUCUGGAGGCUUUCGACAGAUGAUCAAUCCUGUAGCAUCGAUUCUUGGCAUCCCUCGAGAGAAUAUAUUCGCCAACAAUCUUCUAUUUGGAAAUUCCGGCGAGUUUGUGGGCUUUGAUGAGAAGGAACCUACUUCAAGAAGUGGAGGCAAAGCCAAGGCAGUGCAACAUAUACGAAAGGGUAGUAGCUACAAGACGAUGGUCAUGAUUGGAGACGGAGCUACUGAUCUCGAAGCACGUAUACCUGGUGGGGGGGACUUGUUCAUAUGCUACGCUGGAGUUCAGCUUCGUGAAGCUGUUGCAGCACAAGCAGACUGGCUUAUCUUCAAUUUUGAACCUCUCAUUAACUCCUUGGACUAAAAGCCUCUUCUCUAUACUGAUUAGUUCCAUUGAGGCUCAACUCAUUAUUCAACUCUCAAAUUUUGUAUUCUCUUUUUUUGAAUGUGUGAAAUUCCACUGAACCAAUAGGUCCAAUACAUGUGUUUGCCAACUAUAGCUGCUUCAUCUGUUUA